CCUUCGCGGUCCCAGCUCCACCCACACCCUCCCGCCCAGACCUGCCCCGCACGCUCCUUUAGAGGCCUGUCCUCUUGGGAGGCCACCACGCAAUGGCUUCCACGAAGCUACUGAGCAACUGACAAGACCCAGGAUUUCGCGUCACUGCGGAACUUCCGGCGCUCGGCUGCAGUUUUGCUCUACUCAGAGGGUAUCUUUGAUUUAAUCUUCAAGCCCUUCUAUGAUGACUGCUCCAAAUGCAGCACCAGAUUUCAGCUCCUUUCUGGGAUCCGGUGAGAUGAAGAAAUGACAAUGGAACACUGGGGUGGAAUUCUCACCGAUUGCAGUAGGAGAAGCUUCCAGGGCAAAAGGGAGAAGAGCCAAGAGCACAGCAGGAGUAGAAAGUGAAGACCGCCAUGAAGUGUGCUGAAACUUUCCCACACUUCAGAAUCACCUGCGAGGCUUGUUAAAACGGCGUUGGCUGUGCCCCAGCCUUUGAUUCAGUGGGUCUUGGCUGAUGCUCAAUCAUUUCUAAUGUUACCAGGUGCUGUUGACACUGCCUGUCCUGAACCACACUUUUUCAGUUGCUCACAAUGGUGACUGUACUUAAAUUCAUAGUUCAAAACGAACUAAAAUUUACAGGUCCAAAAGACAUGUUCAUAAAAUAUCAAGCUAUUCAGCUGUUUAUAACAGGCAUUUCAUUUGUCCUGUGUGUUCCUUGACUAGCAUCCACGGGUUUAAGAGAUGAGUCAGGCAAGAUAACUUUAAGGAAACUUUCUCCGUUAACUUAAUUGGGAGUUCAUCAGCAGUGGGGGGAAAAAACUACUAAUUAGAACACUUGAAGCUCAGUUCACAAAACAGUAGUCAGCUACAGAAGUAAAAGCUUGAAAAAAAACUGACGUAAGGCAACGUGAGGGAGAUAUAACUGCAGAAACUCUAGAUAAAUUUUCCUGCGACUUGACAGAGGGCGUGAUUGUUUUCACGCAGAGCAAAAGAAUUAUCCUAUUAGUCCACUAAUAGUGCAACACCCACUCACCUUAUCCCUUUAACAGUAGCAUUUACAUUAAAAUAGCCUGGCUGAUUGGCUUACAUACAGUUUUGAAGAGGAAACUAGACCUAUAACUUUAUAUAUUACUUCUUUCUCUCCCUGUAGUUUGUUGAGGGUUUGGGGGUUUUCUCGCUCUUUCUGGGCUAUCUGGUUCUUUCCAGGCUACUUUGUAACAGUGUGAGACUUGAACAUCGCAUUGCACUGCAACGCAGACAUCUAGGAAGGAGCUUCAAGCUGUGUCUCGGCGUGCAAUGGAUUCGCCUAAGUUUAACCCACAGUGGACCCCGGAGAUGCCCGGUGAAGAAAAUUCCCAGGGAGCUUCAGCUGCCUCUCAAUCUAUUUCAGAAGCACUGAUAAAGAACCUCAGUAAUUUGACUCUCAACCCCAGUACCAAAUUCUCUUCCCUUGUACCGGAAAAUCCGCCCCAAAAGCAGGGCGGAGAAAACACUCAGAGGCUGGACGAAGGCGCGCUCUACAUGAGGCGGCGGCGAGUGAGGACACUGUUAACUGCUCGGAAAGAAAGGAUGGAAAGGAUGAUCCAGAUUAUUAAAUACCGUUACCUCAACCAGCUUCCCCAGAUUCGAAGAGAAGGACGGCCAAAGGACGUUGGGGUUGAAUCGAGGAUGGCAAGGUUUAGAUGUAGCUGUCAUUACUGCCUGUAUCAUAGAGAUCUUUCUGAGGAUACUGGCGCAGAGAAGAAUGACAGCACAGAGAAUAAUUAGGAUGACGUGGAGUCGAUUUAGCUGUAAACCUGAUUCUUACUGCCUUUCUUUGUAAUAAUUCUAGGAUCAUUAGGCAGCACCUUGACUAGGCUACUCUGCAUGGAUAGACUGUAUACCAUUAUUUAGAUGUAAAUUCUGUGAUAUCUUUUUCUUGCAUCUUGUUUGAUACCAGUAAUUUAUGAGGAAUCUAUAUAGUUUGCAUUUGAAUGACUCCACUAUACUUUAGUUCACUUUUUAAUUUGAACCAAAGCAGCACUAUUGAGUCUCCAGGAUUGCCCCUGUGUUUUAGAAGCCUGAAGCCAGUAAGAUGAAAUCCAACAUUAAGAAUUUGAAGCCAAGCAACUUGUGCAGAAGGAAUAUAAAGAAAACAUCUGGUGGUUUGGCUAGAGUGUGGUUAGGGCAGGCAGAAUUAACUAGACUUUCUGGUUUUCAAAAAUUUGAAUAGUAAUUUUUUUGAAGUGUGUUUUCAGUAGCAAAUAAAUGUGUGUAUACAGGAUUUUAUUAAAAUUU